AUGUUCAGCCAAGCGAAAAGUGUGCAUUCGCCCACUGAUAUGCUGCUAGAGCUGUGCCUCGUCGCAGUUCUAGCUCAAGCAUCGGUUUUGUUGAAGCGGCAAGAGAUGCAAGAGCUGUUUUCAACCAUUGAUACUGCUGAAAAAGCAUUUCUUCGAACAACAGCUAUCAUUGAACAGCGUACCGAAUAUGGACGAUUGGUGUUGUUACUUUGUCGGAGAAACUGCCCAAGAUUACGUUCAUUGAUUCCUCAGUGGGUUAGGGACAUAAAUGAGGAUAAACAGUACCACGGUAAUGAAAUUAUAGGUUAUCAUUACUACACGUAUAGAAAGUCUCUGCCUUUCCUCGACGAGUCUCGAAUAGAUCAGUUUCCUGCACUAGUGUAUUUUAUUGCACAAACUCCUACUUAUUUCAAUGGAAACAUCACUAGUAGG